AUGUCUUCCGCGAAUUUUAUCAAAUCGCCUGAUAAGGCAUCAGGCACCCAAAACAGUCAACAACGUCACCCAUCUUAUGCUCAUGCUACGCGUGCUCAUCCUCCUAUAAAGGAGUCUCUGAUAUCAAAAGAUACUGACAAUACCAUCCGUUCCAGAGUAUGGAAGGUUGGUGGUUCCCCAGCUUCUUGUCCUAGCAUGUUUUUCGACUUCACGUCUCGCCCCGAAAACCGCGCUGCUCUACUUUGCUAUAUCAACGAAUGCUAUCCAGACAAUUGUGGUGUACGUCUUCAUUCUGAUCAAUCACGCCGCAUUGUUGAGCUCUUCCUUCCCACAUCCAAGCAGUGUGAAGAGACAUCUGUAACAGGCAUCACCUUUGAUGAUGGUGAAUGUAUUCUUGCCUCAAAGCCCAUUUCCGCUGAUACCCGUUUAGUGCAUCUUCAACUCUCCGAUCUUCCAUUCACUACACUAGACAAAUUAAGACUUGGUCUUCGCAAAUCCCUGGCACCUUAUGGUAGCCUUAGUGACUAUGGCAUCUUCCGUGAUCAUGCAUCAAACCUCUUCAUGGGACGAGGUUACGCUACCUUGAAAAUCCCAGCCAACUACAAGUACAAGCAGCUUUCCCACACUAUCCCUUGGCUUACAUCAGAUGAUUCGUUCCACGCCACUUGGGCUGAAAUGCCGCUACACUGCCUUCGUUGUCACACAGCUGGUCAUGCGACCUCUGCUUGUCCCCGCCAUCCUAGCCGUAGCCGUCUUUGUUGGACCUGUGGCCAACCAGGUCACCGAGCAGCCCAAUGUACCAACCGUCAAGUCAAGCCUACACCUGAUACUUAUAACCCACCUACACCAUCAUCGCCUUCAUCGUAUUCAGUCAAUAGCUCAAAUUCAGAUAUCUCCAUGCUCAGCGUUGAUCCUUCGCCUUUUGAAAGCCACAAUGAUGCCAUUAUUAGUGACUUUAUCCCCGAUGACCAAAUUGAUCUCAAACCUCAGCCUCCUUCCCCUGAUCGAGACGCCAUGGUACAGCACGUUGAAAAGCGUUAUCCUAUGUCCGACCACGCUAAGACCAUUAUUGCCUCCUUAUCGAUUCCUGAACUUGAACGUCUUUGUCACACUUUGAAAGAUCAAGGUAAAUCUUUGUCUUCGUCCACACCAACUACUCUUUCCUCGGUGAGUUCCCUGUCAAAGGGGAACAAUGAUCCAACAUAA